AUGUUCUCUUCGGAGAAGGACGUCAGCAUUGGCUCCAAAGCUGUGCAAGACAAGCCAUACUCAUCGAGCCCGAGCUCAAUCUCGAACGAGGAUGUCGAGGGUUCGCCAGUCCCGGGGACCACAGUCCAGCUCAAGCGUAGACUGCAGUCGCGUCACCUGCAGAUGAUUGCUAUUGGUGGAACUAUCGGUACCGGUCUCUUCAUUGGUUCCGGAGGAGCUCUCGCAAAUGCUGGACCCGCCGGUGCAUUAAUCGCAUACGCCUUUGUCGGUACACUUGUCUACAGCGUAAUGGUCGCUUUGGGUGAGAUGGCUACUUUCCUGCCUGUCUCCGGUGCCUUCACAGCCUACGCUUCCCGGUUCGUCGACCCCAGUCUCGGUUUCGCUAUGGGCUGGAUUUACUGGUUCUCAUGGGCCAUGACUUAUGCUCUGGAGUUGACUGCCAGUGGUUUGAUCAUUCAGUAUUGGGAUCCCUCCCUCAACAUCGGCAUCUUCAUUGGUGCUUUCUGGGCUGUCAUCACUGCUAUCAACUUCCUUCCCGUUUCCUUCUACGGAGAAGUCGAGUUCUACUUUGCCAGCAUCAAGGUUCUGACAGUUAUUGGAUUUAUGAUCUUUGCUAUCUGCAUUGAUGCAGGAGCUGGACAACAUGGAUACUUGGGUUUCGACACCUGGAAGAACCCUGGAGCUUUCGCUCCCUACAUUGUCAAGGACAACGAGGCCGUCGCAAAGUUCGUCGGUUUCUGGGCUGUCCUCAUUCAGGCCGGUUUCUCCUACCAGGGUACUGAGCUCGUUGGUAUCGCAGCCGGUGAGACCAGCAACCCUCGCAAGACUGUCCCUGCCGCCAUCAAGAAGACCUUCUACCGUAUUGUCUUCUUCUUCGUCCUUACCAUCUUUUUCAUUGGUCUCCUUGUUCCUUACGACAACGAAUCCCUCAUCUCCGACCACACCGACGCCUCCUCUUCGCCCUUCGUCAUCGCAGCAAACUUAGCUGGAGUCAAAGUUUUGCCCUCAAUCAUCAACGCCGUUCUCCUGUGUGUCGUCUUGAGUGCCGCAAACUCGAACGUAUACUCUGGAUCUCGUAUCUUGGUUGGUCUGGCAGAACAGGGUUCAGCCCCCAAGUGGCUCGGUCGCACCACCGCCAGCGGUGUCCCAUACUACGCCGUUGCCUUCACCGCCGCCUUCGGGCUCCUUGGCUUUAUGAACGAGUCCAACAGCGGUGGUCAGGUCUUCAACUGGCUGGUCAACAUCACCGGUGUCGCUGGUUUCAUCACCUGGACUUGCAUCAACAUUUCCCACAUUGCGUUCAUGAAGGCUCUUGCUGCUCGUGGUGUUUCCCGCGACACCCUGCCCUACAAGGCCAUGUGGCAGCCCUUCUUUUCGUGGUACGGUGUGUUCUUCAACAUCCUCAUCAUCCUUACCCAGGGAUUCACCGCCUUCAUGCCCUGGAACACGAGCGACUUCUUCGUCGCAUACAUCAGUUUGUUCCUCUUCGCCGCUCUCUACGGCGGCCACAAGCUCGUCUUCCGUCAGCCUUUCGUCAAGCCCGUAGAAGCCGAUCUUGACACUGGUCGCAAGGAGAUUGAGGAAAUGCACUUUGACGAGGUCGAGCCAAUGCACAAAUUUGUGCAUCACAACCACUAA